AUGAACCCGCAGAUCGACGCCCCGAAGCCGUGGUCUCAUUCUAGCUGGCAUCACAAAACCGCCGAAAAGAAAAGAUGGUCUAGGCCAUCGGUUAGUGGCUUCUUGGACAACGGUUGGCAACGACCCUCUACUUCACUUCAGUUUACAAAGAGACGCCCAGGGAGGGCUAGAUCUCUUUGUCUUUCUCGAUGCAAGACAACUGGUCGUGCAACUUCCAUUGCCUGUUCAUUGCUUUUGCAAGUGUGGUCGAGGUUGUUUACCCCUACUGCCAUAUCGCAGAUGAUAGAGUCUGCGGAAUGA